AUGGUUCGCACCUCCGUCCUCAAUGACGCUCUCAAGAGCAUGAACAACGCCGAGAAGGCCGGCAAGCGUCAGGUCCUCAUUCGACCAAGCUCGAAGGUCAUCGUCAAGUUCCUCCAGGUCAUGCAGCGACACGGCUACAUCGGCGAGUUCGAAGAGGUCGAUGACCACCGCAACGGCAAGAUCGUCGUCCAACUCAACGGCCGCCUCAACAAGACUGGUGUCAUCUCUCCCCGUUACAAUGUUGCUCUUCGGGACCUCGAGAAGUGGGUUGUCAAGCUGCUGCCUUCUCGUCAAUUCGGCUACAUCAUUCUCACGACUUCGUCGGGUAUCAUGGACCACGAGGAGGCUCGACGGAAGCACGUGUCGGGCAAGAUCAUUGGGUUCUUCUACUAG